AUGACAACAAGCGAGGCGGAGGCAGACCUAGAUCUGGACAGCCUAGCUUCACUUUCCGACGACGGCGGUAGCGAAGACCACCACCGUGAGUCCAUCCAGACGUUCCUCGGAGACAUGUGCGAGGAGUGCCGAGGAUCGGACCUCCCAGCCCACCAUGCCACCUCCCUGGGGCACCUGGGCUGUCUGAAGAGGGUGGUCGGGGAGAAGAAGGAAGACAUCGCGCUGUUUGAUGAAGACGGCAGCACUCCGCUGUAUCUGGCGGCCAGGAAAGGGCACAGCCACUGUGUGAGGUGGCUGGUGACGCAGGACCUGGUACCGACCCGUGCGGCCAAUGUUCGCGGGGAGACGGCCGCCAUGGUGGCCGCCGCGGAGGGCCAGCUCAAAUGUCUCAAACUCAUCCUCUUCAACGGCUACGACCACCACUACGACAUCGGCUUCGACCGGGACAGCGGCGGACUGACACUCCUCCAUGCUGCUGUGCUCAGAGACCGUGAGGCCGUGGCGUUAUGGCUGGUGGACCAGUUCGGAGAGACUCUGGUGGAGAUGAAGACGAAUGACGGCCUGCUGGCCCUGCACAUCGCCGCCGCCAAGGGCUACCUGCAGCUGGUCAGGACCCUGGCGACAAGCAGCAGCGCUUCUGUCUGCACACAGGACGUCAGGGGGGCCACGCCCAUGUUCUACUCCGCCCAAGGAGGACACGUGGACUGUCUUUCUUACAUGGUGGAAGACAUGAACGGAGACCUCUUCAUCUCCACCCACGAGGAGAAGUCUCCGCUGCACGUGGCAGUACAGGGCGGCCAUAUUGAGACGGUGCAAUGGCUUGUGGGAAGGAUGGGGGCUGCCUCGCUGAGACUACAGACGAAGGACGGAGCUACCGUCAUGCACUACGCGGCCGCAAUGGGGCACACUGACAUCUUGCGCUGGCUGCUGUCCCAGCAUAAGUCGGCAGAGGUCGCUAAGAUGACGGACAAGGAAGGCGGGACCGCCGCACAUGACGCCGCAGCGAAGGGGCACGUCGGAUGUCUGAAACUACUUGUAGAACUGGGUUUGGACAUACACCAAAAGGACCAGGAUGGCGUUUCACCUUAUCAACUGGCGAUACAAAGCGGAAGUGACGUAUGCAUCCAGUACGUCACUUCCUUGCCAGGUGAUAUGUUCGGCCAUCGGAGUUUCUGGGUGCGACGUCACGAGAAACCAACUACAUCAAUUGACAGUGGGAUCAGCUGCGGUACAGACGACACGGCCUCCCCCUUCACCACGCUGGACCGGCCCGCCCUGUCGGCGGAACGUCUGCCGCGGACAGGCAGCCUCAUGAACGCAGCGUCACGGGCUUCAGACAGCAAGCUUCCGGGGCCGAAGCGCAAGUCGAGAAGAAAAAGCUGGAAGUUUUGGAAAAGCAGAAAAGACGACGACGAGAACGCGCCGACGACGGAAGACAGGACGAUCCCGACGUGUAGCCGCACACCAACACCGCCCCCUGUCAGAUCACAGUGGCAUGACAUCUCCCUGGAGGCCAGGCUGCUGCCCAGGAAGGACGCGCUGUUUCCAGACGGGCAGCCGGACGGACCCGGCUACAGCUGGCGGAGGAAGGGCUCUAAGUCACUCUUUCAACAGAAGCACCGGUCUGCCCCUGUGUGUCUGCCUGCUGAAGAGAUUGUCGGUAAAGCAGGUGACAAGGGCACAGACGAAGGGUUGUCAUUGGCUGACAGACAAAUCGAAAUGAUCGUCAGCGACAUCCGGGACAGUCCUCAGCCUGAGUCUGCCGUAAUGCGCAAGCGCCGUGACAGCAACUGGACCUUCCGUCGAAAGAGCAGUUCAGAGGUCGAGGCCCCAGAUGACCUGGUCACCGCGCUGGUCAACCUGAGUUUAGAGGACCAUGUCAGCGAGGGGAACAGUCCGGCUCUGUCGGUCAGAAGUAACCAUGGCGAUAAGGAACCAGAAACUCCGCAAACUAUGAGAGUAACAAGGGCCGUUGUGCAUUCUUCGGAUGAGGACGCAUGCGCUGUUGUCCCGACAGACGAGACGCCAAACACUCUCCACGACAUUGACCUUCCCAAUCAGCUGAUCCAGGUCAAGGACACAGAGGGCGUGACGGUGCUCUCACCUGGCACCGAAAGCGCGCGCGUUAAGAAGCCCCUGGCAAGCCGGUCUUACAGCGACCCCACUGGUACUAAACGUCCCGCCAGUAUAGCCGGGCUGUGCGGGGCAAAAACCGGAGCAUCUGCUGACAACGACGACUUCAUCACAAAGACAGACAGAACGUGGGAUUUCCACUUCGGAAAACCUUCCACAGACCCAACAACGACAACAACAGCCACUACCGACAGUUUGGACAGCGCAGACCUAGUACAAGAUGUUCCCUCUGACAGAGAAGUUACAAACGGUACAGUUUCUUCAACUCUAAAUCUAAAAGAGUCAGAACCUGAAAAGGUGUCAGCUUUGCCAGCGGCUAACGGAACUGAUGCUGAAGUUCCUCCUUCGUCACCCAAGGAAGAAAAUACAGACUCAAAUAGUGAGCAGGAACGGCUUAUAUUCAAACCUGACACUGAAGAAAACACAAAAGCAGACCCAUCCGAAGCACCAGCCAGAACACACAGUGUACACCGACCAAGGCCCGCUCCUACUGUGACUACUACUACUACUACUACUACUACUACUACUCCUACUACUACUGCAAGGGUGGAAACGCCUUUUAAGAAUGUGAUACAGCAAGGACUGGAGCGGCUGAGGAAGCCCAGAGAGAUCACUAUAGUUGAACUGGACGGGAGAGUAGUGACAUGUUUUACGUCACUAGAACUGGAGACAGCCGGGCGUAGUACAGAUGACACGUCUGCUCGGUUGUACCUGCUCGGGAGGGGGAUAUUUGGAGCGGUGGCGCUGUGCAUGCAGUUCUAUGCGUUUCACCACAUCCCGCUAGGGGACGCUACGACCGUGAUCUUCAGCUCUCCGAUCUUCAUCGCGUUCUUCGCAUGGCUCAUCUUGAAGGAGGCUUACGGAUGGUUCAACUUCGCGGUCACCUUGACUACUCUCACGGGCGUCGUUCUGAUCUCCAAGCCUUCGUUCAUUUUCGGAAGCGCCGUCGCCGUGCCGAAUACUUCCGAACACCUCCUCGGGACGCUGUCGGCAUUCGGCGGUGCUGUCUUCAGCGCACUGGCCUUGGUCAUGAUCCGAAAGUUGGGUAAGGCAGUGCACUUCUUUGUCCACAUAACCUACCUGUCGGUUUUCGGCAUGAUCCUUACGUUUGUGCUUUUAAUGGCUCUCGGCGAGUUCAAGACGCCGCCUUGCGGAAGUGAUCGGUUCUACCUGAUAGCGCUCGGAUUGUGCGGCGUUGGCGGGCAGACAUUUCUGACCAAAGCUUUCCAGUUGGAGAAGGCGGCUCCUGUAGCGAUAGUCCGCACCAUGGACAUCGUGUUUGCCUUUACCUGGCAGUUUGUGUUCCUGGGAGAGCUGCCAGCCUGGCUGAGUGUCGGCGGCGCCUUGCUUGUCAUGUCGUCUGCAAUAGCCAUAGCCGUCAAGAAAUGGCUUCUAGAGAGACAGAAACAAUAG